UAAGGAAAACACGCGUGAUUUUUGUUUCGUUUCACAGUUGCACAAGUUCUUCAAACAAAGUUGCAUGAAAUUGUUCUAAACGGAGAGAAAAAACAAAGCUGACAAGAGUGGAAAAACAAAGGCGAUAAUUUUUGAUCCAUUUCUAUUUUCGAGGAGGAAAACAAACUCUGUCAAGUUGAAGUGAAUUGAACACACUUGAAACCGUUUAGCGGUGGAGGUUGCCGUGCCGUUUUUUCCGUCAUGGCACCCGGUAGAUCACCGGUGGGGACCACGGCCACAAAACUCAAGAUCUUUCUUGGAAUAUCUUUGUUUCUUGCCGCACACAUGCUCAAGCCUGUUGAUGGACAACUUGAAGGUGCAACAAAGACUAAAACUCCGUUCAGCAUAACCCUGACAUGGAGUGGGCAAGUUGAUCUCAAUCAGGUCGUCGUUCAAGAAGUUGGUGGGUCAGAGACUGAGGAUUCCCCUUUCUCUGUGGCAUCAACAGAGACCGUUUUCACUGUCUAUCAUCUCAAGCAGUUGACUGAAUACACUCUGACUGUGACUGACACCAACAUGGUCUCGGUUGUCUACACAGAAACCACAACAGAUAACAAGCUGACUGUGAAUUUCAACACACCAGGGGAAAUGGUGAUUCAGAUCCCCAACUUUGUAUUGCCCCCUGAUUCCUCGGCUCGACUGACCCAGAUUCAAGACCCGUUGAAUACUGACACACCAGUCUCUGUGACCAUCCCACUGGGAACCAACAGACAGAUACCCCGUAGUAGUCUUGUGCCGGGCUUACUCUAUCAGUUUGAACUUCACUUCUUGACACCGCAGGGAGAUGUGUUGGAUACUGUGUCACAGUACCGCAAUGCACUGAGGGCUCCACUAGGCAUCAGUUUCUCGAAUCGUGACGUAUCCAGCAUCACCGUGACUGUUCAGCCAACUUCGCUAGAGAACAGUGUGGACUACUACAGCGUUGACUACAACAUUGUAGGUGAUCCGGCGGUCCUGAUGGAGAGAACAGUGGCCAACUCUGCUGAUCUUACUGACCUGACAGCGAGCGUCGGGUACGAGGUCGUCGUCAAAGCAGUGGCUGGGCUCGGCGGUGAUAGAGUUGAAAGCGCCAGUGUCAGGGAUAUAUUCACUCUAACUUCUUUCACAGUUAAUUUGCGUCUAGCCACCUUCCUCAGUUUGUCAUGGGGCUCAGCCGGUACUGGCGUCCAAUACCUCUUAGAGUACUCUCCUAACAAUGGCUUCCCACCGUCACCUAAUGAAGUGGCCGAUGGGACCAAUGAAGCGUACUUUGUACAGCUGACACCUGGAGCGGAGUACACUUUCCAGCUGUACACAAGGCUCGGUAUGGUGAAAGGGGAGUUGGUUACAUCAUCAGUCAUUCAGACAUUACCGUAUGGGAUAAAUGCCUUUAACAUCAGCACCACGGAGACAUCAAUCACUUUAUCGUGGGACGCUCCCACCGGGGCUGACACCUAUCUGGUAUCGUACGUCCCAGGUCCUCCUGGCAAUGCGGAAGUUGUCACAGCCACCGAGUACACUUUAAACUGCCUGGAGCCGGGAACCAGUUAUGAUAUCACUGUCUUGAGUAUGAAGAACGGGUUUCAGAAUGCGGAUGAUGACACGAUGGUCCAGACGGUUGUAACAGGUGCUGGCACCCCCGGAGCAAUCAACAUCAAGCAGGUUUUACCUUCUUCGGUCACAUUUACCUGGAAUGAGGUACCGGAUGCCACAGGCUACAGGGUCUCGAUUAAUCAAGUAGCUAUUCCUGGGACUCCAUUCAUCCAAGACAUUGGGAUCAAUGUUCCAAGAGAGCACACAUUUGAAAUCAAUGCUGGUUCGACUUUGUACAGACUCGGUGUGCUCCCCUUAUCAUCUCCCACCGUUACUGUUGCUGCGACAAGAGACUUUACAUCAGCUCCUAACAUUCCAGGAAACCUGAACGGACUUACACUGUCGAAGGAUAUACAGUUGACCUGGACUGCUUCUGCUGGAGCAACUCACUAUGUCAUCCAUUACUAUGAGAAUCCUGACAACACUAAUGCUGUCACGGUGGAAAUGCCCAGUACUGAAACUUCUUAUGACAUUGCCAACCUUACUCCUGAAACAUCUUACACUGUGGAGGUCAGUGGUCUGCAGAAGAGCAUCACAGACCUCUGUUUAACUGUACAAAGCGAACCAGCUAGACGAGUAUUCACAACAGUUGAAGCAACGUUACAAGUGACUCAAUUCACAGCCACUACUAUCAGGGUCAUUGGAUUCAACGUUGGUCAGACCUUACGCUAUGAUCCACCCGGAACUCUUGUUGUAACUGACAGGACUUCGGAAGUUCUCACGGAUCUGACCCCUGGGUUGGAGUAUUCAAUCUAUCUUUUAAAUCCAUUCGACAGAGAAAUAGAUAAAAUCACACAGUAUACAAAUCCGUCUCGACCAAGAAUUGUGAGUGUGACUAGCGGCUCGCCUCCAGAGACCGAACUGAUCGUUAGAGUCGACGUACAAGGGAGCAACUACGACAUUGUCAAGCUGGGCUACACUCCCUCCGACGGCUACAAGACUUCUCCCUUGGAGCAGCGCGAACUGACAUUCGUCUUUGACGGGUUGACCCCUGGGCUGACUUACAACUUUGACGCAAUCACUGUGAGCGGUGAAUUGGAGAGUGAACCCAUUACGCAGAGCGGAAGUACAGAUCCAGGUACUCGGGGCCAAAUCUACCCACACCUUGUCACGGAGACCUCCAUAGCAGUCAAGUUUGGUGCUGUGGACUCGAUCACAGGCUACAGGCUGACUCUGUCCCAUGGAAGCAUGGUCCUGCAGCAGCCACUUGGUCAACAUGAUCGCUACUACGAGUUCAAUGGGUUGGAGCAAGGUACCCUGUACGAUGUUGUUCUCUCCACUGUGGGACGAGCGCCACCUGUUACUACCACAGCUAAGAUUCGAACUUUGGUGGGUGCUCCCAGUGGACUAACCUCAUUGGAUAUCACGUCUCGCUCCAUCUCAAUUGGAUGGUCACCAGCUCAAGGUUUUGUGAGUCUCUACGAGAUCGGGAUACGGAAGCAGUCCGAGACGAACCUGUUAAUCGCAGGAACAGUCCUUGCCAGUGAUCCACAAGUCUUUCUGCUCGAGAAUUUGGAGCCAGACACGAUCUACGUCAUCACGGUGACCUCCGUUGUUAAGGAGUCCGAUGGGGUCUUUCGCAGCGAGAAAUAUGCGCUUUUGCCAGCACAAACUGUCAUUGCUAGCGUAAGGGUAACAGCAAGAUCUGAGAAUGCACUUGCACUGGAGUGGGAAACUUUUCCACCUAUAGAUUCAUUCCAGCUGUUAUAUUCCCCGCUGGAUGGAACCAGUCCUUCACCCAGUCUGUUCCCUUCCUUCCAAACCACUUUCACCCUGGAGGGACUAACGGCGGGGAUCGAGUAUCACGUCAUUCUUGAGAAAUCAGAGGGAUCUGUGGUGUCUGUGAUUGAUGCCUUCUCUUGCUUUACACUGCCACCCCCCCCUGCUUCUGCCACUGUGGAGGACGUUACCAGUUCCGAGGCUGUCGUGUUGUGGGAACCACCCGUAGUGCCAGGAGAUUAUCAAGGCUACUUAAUCCAGAUCAAAUCAGCCUCGUUGGAGAUCGUUGAGACGUUUCGCAGGGGCCGCUACGACGAGCGAAGAAUCACCAUGAGUUUUUCGGGACACGGAGAGACGCUCACAGCCUGUGUGUUUACCACCACCGGAACUGCUGUUGAAAUUGUGACAAGUUCUCCUGUCUUAGUGGAUGUAACGUCAGAGCCAGCUACUGACGGGGCAAUCAUCAAUGCUGUUUCAACACCAACAACUGUAACAGUCUACUGGUUCGAUGCUCCUGAUUCAACGGUGGCAUAUCAGCUUCAACUGAACACGGAGACUGCAACCGGGCUGCAAGAGGCCACCGCCACUGGUCUGACCGAGCACACAUUUUCAGGUCUGGCACCCGGUGUCCUCUACACAGUUGUACUCUCUGUCGAUGAUUCCAGGCAGAGCCACAAAAUUCGAACAGCCCCACUGAGUCCUGUAUUCAUCUCUGCUCCCUUGGUCCUUGCUGAAUCCAUCAGUAUCAUGUGGACACCACCCCAAGACUCCUCCUCAUUCGAUUCAUAUGUAAUAGACUGGUUCCCCUCAAGUCACGUCGGCCAACGACCACCGACGACAGUAAACAGUGUCCCAGUCGCGUUGACUUAUCUGUUGAACAAUCUGAAGCCAGAUACUCACUACGAGAUCGCUCUACAGACAGUGGCUGGUGCUAAUACGGACUACCCGUCUAGGAGUGAAAAAAUCACACUUCUAGAGAGGACAGGAUCACUCAGUCAACUCCAGUUCAUCUAUACUCAGCUCGGGGCCACGUACAUUGACAUCGAGUUCGGUAAGGUCACCAGCCAGUCGAUAGGCGUGUACCAGCUCCGGCUGUUCCAGCUACCCAACAACGAGGAGAGGAUGAUCACGGUGGACGGUGACGCCGUUGGGAGCCGUCGAAUCGAUGAACUCAUCCCAGGAACCCAGUACAACUUGAUCUUAGAAUCACCGAGUCUACCUGGCACUCAGAGAAACAUUGAAUUUGAAACUGGUCCCAGCAAGCCUGAUGCUGUGAUCGACCACUUUGACCAGACCUCGGUCAACAUCACCCUGUCGGAGCCAGCAGGUAACUUUGACGGCUUCUUCAUCCAGUACUCUCCCUACGACGGUGUGACCAGCAAUCAGCAGAUCAUCCCCAAGACCGGCUCACUGCAGAACCGUAUCUAUGGUCUGAUACCUGGGAAGGAGUACACAGUUUCCAUCAGCGCUUACAUCCGAUCGACGAGUGGGGAAAGUACGGAGCUGAAGUUCACAACAUUGCCCGCCUAUCCCGGAGAGGUAGUCAUUCGAACGUAUUCAACCAAUCAAAUUGAAGUAUACUGGGGGGAUGGAUCGCAUCUUCCGGGCUUCCAAAGGUAUACAGUCGCCAUCGAACCUCAAGGCGGUUCCACGCCCGCUGUUGACACUGUCCUCAGACACGCAACGUUCUCCAAUCUGAACCCGGGUGACUUGUACAUAAUCGCUGUCACUGUUGAUGCUGAUGACACUCUGAUGAACACCGUUCCUCAGAGAACAAAACCGAACCCACCGAACAAUGUGGCCAUCGCUCCAUCGUCAGCCCUCACCCCAGUGAACUUGCCCGUGUCUUGGUCCCUCACCCUGGGUACCUUGUCCUCAUAUGUCGUCACCUACGUCAAAGACGGCACUACGACGGAGGUAUAUAUCGGUAGGGUCAACUCUGACGUAACGUCCUUCAUCAUCGCAGAUCUUGACCCCGUCACUUUCUACACGGUGCGGGUCUUUGCCUCCGCAGGAUCAGGCGACAACCUGGAAUUCAGCGAGCCUGCCACAGUCACUGGACUGACAGCUGCAAUUCCACCGAAUGAGAUCUUCAUCCGAUCCCAGGACCACGAGAGCGUCACUUUCAUCUGGCAGCGUAAUCAGGGCGCUUCUUCUUACCAAGUCGUCAAAGUACGAGUCUUGGACAAUUCCGAGAUGCAGAUUGAGAACACCGAGAGCCAGGAGUUCACAUUCGACGCGUUGAGCCCAGCUACUGUUUAUCGAUUCACCAUCACACCCAUAACAGGCCAGGGUAUAAAUCUAACCCCUUUCGACACUCUGGUUAGGACAGACCCUCAGCCAGUUCCUAGCAUCUCAUUUGGAGAACCAAACAUGAUCUUCACCCUCUGUGUACAAUGGGAAGUGCCGAUUGGAGUUUUUGAUUACUACGAGGUUUGGUUUGUCGAUGCUGAUGGCGCCAGUCAAUUUGGGGGGAAGAAGCCACGAGGCCCUGAGAAUGUCCUUUACCUAACGGAUCUUCCACCUGAGACUUCUUUUGAUGUCUCAGUGAGGACGGUGAUUGAGGCAGAGGGGGGCUUUCCGAUUCAGACGAGCGUUCCCACACUUAUAGUUGGGACGACAGGUGUUGUGCAACCAAACUUUCUUUACCCGUACCGGCACAUGUCCACCUCUCUUGGUUUCCUGUGGGCCGCGGCCGACUUUCAAGACGUGAAUCAGAAAAUCUACAUCACGCGCAUCUGGCAGGGUCCCGUUAGGCCGAACGGACCGCAUGAGGUCAUUUUCGAUGGAUCUAACACUCCGAUCUUCAUCAAGAUUUUCAGCGACCUUAACGACAGGUCUCCUCUACAACCUGGAACGCUGUACAACGUUGCCGUCAGAUUCAAUGGCAUUUCUGAAUUUGAGCAGGCAUACACAACAAGACCGGAAGCGGUCCAGAAUCUUCAGGUUGGAACUAAGGCUGUGAGCUCGAUCCAGAUUGCAUGGAACGCUCCGGCGAGCCCCAACUUUGAGUAUUACCAGGUUGAGUACUACCCAGCCGACGGACGUCAACCAGCAUCCUUUCAGGUCAAGAAGGGCACAACCGUCGCAACGGUGGACCGCCUGACACCGGGUCAGCUCUACAAGUUCACAGUGUUUACAGUGACCAAUUUAGAGUAUGAAUUCAAGAGCGAACCGAGAGAUUUGUGUGAACGCACAGAGACCAUCCCAGGUGAGCUUGUUGUGAAAACGGUCGGCACAGAUUCUAUAACUGUGACGUGGGGUCUCCUUCCAGUUGAAGCCACUAGUUACACUCUUCGAAUCAGCACCGAUCCCCCUGCCGAUGUCACUGUCACCAAUGAUUUACCGUUCCACACUUUCAAUGACCUUAAUUCUGGACAGCCGUACACCAUUGAGAUUCUCUACUUCACUAAUCCGUCUUCGGAUUCCAUACAGACGUCCGUUAUCCAGAGGACAUUGCCUGAGGCAGUACAGUCGGUUACAAUAGUCAACACAUCUGCAUUGACGGUCGAUAUCACAUGGAUUCCAUUUCAAGGCACUUCUGACUAUAACAGCUACAGGAUAUCAUAUAUUACUGAAGCAGGUGAUGAAGUGAUUGCAGGGUCCGUAAACAGGGAGGACCCAAAUGAAUUCACUAUAUCUAGACUUGAACCGGAGAAGACAUACACUGUUAAUGUGGUUGCCGUCAGUAGUGGGCCAGAGAGUGAAACAACGUACAGUGAGCCUACAGGAGUUAAUGCAACUACAACUCAACUCGGCCAGGCUCAGUUGGCCGUUCAGCAGGUCACCCGUACCACUACUAUAGUCUUCUGGGGGGAUGCUUCCAGUUCGCCUGGCUUCAUCCGACACCUCGUGACCAUCAUCCCAAAUGAGGGAACCUCCAACAUCAACCUCAUCAACCUGGAGGCCACAUUCUCUGGUCUGACCCCUGGCAGGGAGUACACCAUCCGCGUUAUCGCUGUAGGGACUGAUGUCACAGGAGAAACACUAACACGUACAGUUCCUAAUCCUCCGUUGAACCCAAACACUCCGCCCAUUACCGGCGCUAAAACACCAGUGUCCCUCUUAGUCAGAUGGGCUCGCCCUGCUGGAGAUGUGACUGGCUACCGGGUGUCCUACAUGGAGGAGGGCAAACCGAAGGUUACCUCGGAUGACAUCACCGUAACCGAGGCAACGCUCACUGUGCUUAAUCCAAGCACGCUUUACACUAUUGAAGUAGUGACAUUGAGCGGAGUGGGGAGAUUGGAGACAAUCAGUGAGCCUGUGUCAUACACAGAGUCAACAACCGGCGUACCUGCGGGAGAGUUGCUUGUACGUAAAUUGACAUCGACAUCAGUGGAUGUUGUCUGGGCCCCCGUAGGCUCCCUGAGAUACAACGUCAUUAUCGCAAAUACAGAUGGCCCCAUUGAUGAGGUGCUGGAUGAACUUGUGGAACCAGUUAGUUAUGAGUUUACUGGACUGACGCCAUCCAGUACGUACACUAUUACAGUGGACGCCUUGAGCCCACCGGCUUCCUUCAACAGAGUCAUACGCACAAUUUACUACUACCUGAGUGGAAGGUUGAAAAUCGGCUUGGACUACUACCUUUGCUUAUAG